AUGGAGUUUCUCACUGGAGAGGGACACCAGCCGUCUUUGGAAGUAAAACAUCUUCCGGAGGGAGUGGAGUCCGAGGACUCAGGAUUUGCGAGCAUCGCCGGUUCAGAAAAUUUGCAAAAUGACAAAGCUGCAGAUCAUGAAGAAGGUGCUCUUAUUGAGGCACAGAGGAGUUUCGAAGAUCGUGCAGCAGCUGUACGAGCCCAGCGGGAGCAGCAAAACGAGAAAAAGCGUCAGGAUACUUACAAACGCUUGUUGCGCUUGGUGUCAAAGAGCCAAGUGUACUCUGCGUUAUUUGCCAAGAAGUUUGCCGCACAACAGAACGAGCUAGAGGAGUCGAAGAAUGAAGGCAGUUCGAAGGAGCACGCAGAUGACACGGAGGAGCCCAGUGCAAAGAAGGCAAAACUCAGCCCUGACGUUGAUGUUAAAAAGCCUGAGGCAGGGAUAGAGGAUAAGCUAGAUGAGAAUAAGGAGAAGAAAACCUUCGCCCCCCUGAAGUAUUUCAAUGGAGAUUUACGAGACUACCAGAAAGAGGGUCUCCAAUGGCUGAAAGCCCUCUACGAAAACGGAAUGAAUGGAAUCCUAGCUGACGAGAUGGGUCUUGGUAAAACCAUUCAGGUGAUUGCGAUGAUAGCUCAUCUCCUGGAGAAGCGCCAGGCUGGAACUUAUAUACUUACCCUAGCCACUUCACUACUGAAUAAACAUCCUCUCGAUAUUUCAACAGACAAAGCUGCAGAUCCUGAAGAAGGUGCUCUUAUUGAGGCACAGAGGAGUUUCGAAGAUCGUGCAGCAGCCGCACGAGCCCUGCGGGAGCAGCAAAACGAGGAAAAGCGUCAGAAUACUUACAAACGCUUGCUGCACUUGGUGUCAAAGAGCAAAGUGUACUCUGAGUUAUUUGCCAAGAAGUUUGCCGCACAACAGAACGAGCUAGAGGAGUCGAAGAAUGAAGGCAGUUCGAAGGACCACGCAGAUGACACGGAAGAGCCCAGUGCAAAGAAGGCAAAACUUAGCCCUAACGUCGAUGUUAAAAAGUUUGACGCAGGGAUAGAGGAUAGGCUAGAUGAGAAUAAGGAGAAGAAAACCUUCGCCCUCCUGAAGUAUUUUAAUGGAGAUCUACGAGACUACCAGGAAGAGGGUCUCCAAUGGCUGAAAGCCCUCUACGAAAACGGAAUGAGUGGAAUCCUAGCUGACGAAAUGGGUCUAGGAAAAACUAUUCAAGCAAUUGCCAUACUUGCUCAUCUCAUCGAGCAGAAGCAAAGUGGUCCCUACCUGGUGCUGGCCCCUCUUUCCACGACUCCAAAUUGGCUGUCAGAGUUUGAGAGAUUCACCCCAGAUAUUCCAGUAGUCUUCUUCCAUGGAAGCGAGGUAGAGAGAAAUCUUCUAAAGAAGAAGAUCAAGCGUCCAGUGUCUGUCGAUGGCUUCAAAACCCAGCCAGUCGUCCUAACGACCUACGAGGUGGCACUCAGGGAUAAAGACUUCUUGAAGAGCCAAAACUGGCGGUAUCUCAUCGUGGAUGAGGGUCAACGCCUGAAGAACUCAAAGACUCAAUUAUCUCAGGUGAUGCAAGAAAUAAACUGCACGCAUCGUCUCAUCCUGACUGGUACUCCACUGCAGAACAACCUCAAUGAGCUUUGGUCCCUCCUCUUCUUUCUCAUGCCGGAUAUCUUCAAUGAUCUGGCUGUCUUCGAGUCCUGGUUUAAUAUUGAGGAUUUCAGGAACGAUGAGGGCACCAACAGACUUCUGAAGCAAGAGGAGGACAAGAAAGUUCUCCAAUCCAUCAGGGAGAUCCUCAAACCCUUCAUGCUGAGGAGACUGAAGGUUGAUGUCUGCUUGGAUAUUCCACCCAAGAAGGAGGUGCUGGUUUAUGCACCAAUGACAAAACUCCAGCGUGAUCUGUAUUCGGCACUUUUGAAUAAUGAUCUCGAUGCAGCUACAGAGGAAACUCCUGAGGAUCUUAUUGUUGAUGAUGACUUCGGAAGGAGACCUAAACGCAGAUGUACGUAUAAUAAUCCAUAUUCCUCGAUGAAUAUGAGUGUGAACAUUCAUGGAACUCCUGGGACUCCUGGGACUCCUGCAACACCUAGGACCCCUAAGCUUUCUGCGACUCUUGGAACUGCUGGAACUCCUGGAACUCCCAAGAGUCGUAGAGACACAUCUCGUUUCUCACACAUACCAAUCACUGCUGAGAACUCUGAGUUCUUGUCAAAGCUCAAUGGAACGAAUCGCACGAUAUUGUAUAAAAAAGUGGUCAAUCAUCCUUAUUUGAUUCACAAUCCCUUGGCCGGUGACUUUCCUCAGGGGGGAAAUGAUUUGAUAAGAGCUUCUGGAAAACUUAUGGUACUCGACAGGAUGCUAGAGAAACUCCACGAACGUGGGCACAGAGUAUUGCUCUUCUCAACUCUGGUAAUUAUGUUGGAUCUAAUAAAGGAUUAUCUGCAGAUGAAACCAUGGAAGUAUUGCAGGCUCGAUGGAAAUGUGAAUGUUGCUGAAAGAAAGGAGUCGAUCAAACUCUUCAAUCAUGAUCCCCAGUAUUUUCUCUUCCUCAUAAGCACAAGAGCUGGGGGAGUAGGUUUGAAUCUUGUUGGGGCAGACACUGUCAUCCUGUUUGAUAGUGAUUUUAAUCCACAGGCUGACAUUCAGGCAAUGGCGAGGUGUCACAGGAUUGGGCAGAAAAAGCCAGUUGUCAUAUACAGGCUCUGCAGUAAGGGCAGUUAUGACGAGAUCAUUAUCAGUCGUGCUAAAGCAAAGAGAAAACUUGAGAUGCUCGUUAUUUCCAAGGAGAUUGAUGAGAUUAAAUUCAAUAAGGAGGGGAUCCUCAGACUGAAGAAGCUCCUGCAGGCCAGUGAACAUCAGGCAGCCAAUUCGCAGGAUGAGCUGUUUACUGAGGAGGAAUUAAAUAAACUUUUGGAUAGGAGUGAUCUUGUCGCUGAAAUGCAGAGCGCUGGGAAAUCUGUGGAGUGAAUAAGGACUUAUUUUUAUGUAAAAUCCACGAAGCCAAAGUUGAUUUGUAUUAAUUAAUCUCACCAAGUGACUAGAUAGCUUUUUACUUUA